AUGAAGAAGGUAAUUGAUGAAACGGAACUAACUCCAAGACAGAAGAAACAACUGGAGAAACUGGAGAGGAGAAAGAAAUAUGCUGACGUUGCAAUCCAGGGCACCAAUACUUCUUCAAUCGCUUCGAAGAGAUCUGCUGAGCUGCUGUUCGUCCCUAAGCUAGAUAUGAAUAGAGAUGUUAAUAGAGACUUGCCAAACAGACAAUACUUCAAGUAUUUUGUACCAAAAGCCCCAAAGAGAUCUCCGUGUAUGAAUAGAGGGUAUUGGCUUAGAUUACAUGGUAUCAGAACAAGACUACAAUCUAUAUUGGAAGAAAAUGCAAACUUCAAAAAAGAGAUCCUGGUUAUAAAUUUGGGUUGUGGGUUCGAUCCAUUACCAUUCCAACUAUUGGAUGAAUCGAAUCUUGACAGUAUUGCGUUUAACAAAGCAUUUGACUUCCUAGAUAUUGAUUAUGCUGAUCUGAUUAGAAACAAAAUACGUAUGAUUGAAGCUGAACCAGAACUACUUAAAAUUGUCGGCGAUUAUAAAACCAAUAUUGAGACGAAAAGCAAGAGUCCCUCAUUUAUCUCAGAACAUUACACUGCCCUUUCUUGUAACCUUAAUGAUGCAGCUGCAUAUCUAGAUAUUUUGAAGAGUAACGAAAAGAUAGCAGAUCCAAAUGUUAUAAAAAUUUUUAUCGCAGAAGUAUCAUUAGCUUACAUGAAACCUGAAUAUUCUGAUGAGAUUAUAUCACUUACCUCUAAACAUUCGCCACACAGUCAUUUUAUCACGAUUGAACAGUUGAUGCAAGAAGGUGAAAAUGAGCCGUUCAGUAAACAAAUGGUGAAGCACUUCAAGAAAAACGAUUCUCCUCUUCAAUCGAUUAUGACCUACCAUACAAUCCAAGGACAAAUCGAUAGAUUUAACUCCCUGGGGUACAGUAAAGUCAAUGCGGGGUCGAUCGCACAACUGUGGGAGAGCGUCUCUCCAAAACUUCAAAAGCAGAUUGAUGAUAUCGAACUAUUCGAUGAGCUGGAAGAGUUCCAUUUAGUUUCUCAGCAUUACCUGUUAUUGCAUGCCACCAACAUCGAGCACUUCGAGUUUAUUGAGCCUUACAAGUUUACAGCUCCGCCAGCGAUUCCAGCGAUGACAUGUUGCGAUGCCACUGUGAAAUCUUUAGACACGAAUAUCAAUAGAAGAUUUGGGAGUGCAGUUGCCUCCGAUAAGAAGGUAGGCUUCUACUUUGGUGGUGCGAAUCCGUCAAGAUUGCAAGAGAGCAUCGAAGUCAGUCUGGACGAUGAGUGCAAUUUUGGCACUGUUCAGGGGCAGAUCAAUGUGCCCUCCCCACGUAUGUGCCAUACACUAAACAAAAUUAACGACGACCAGUAUGUCCUUGUCGGCGGCAGAACAGCGCCGGGCCAAGGUUUUGAUGAAGUGUACACCUACCGGGUCAGCACCAAGACAUGGGAGUUGAAAGAGAAACUGCGCUUGCCUGAGCCAAGAUACCGCCAUUGCACUGUCAACAUCUCCUCGACUACAUUAUUAGUGUUCGGUGGGAAAAGCACGAGCAGUGCAGAAUUUCUGACGCUAGACAUCCAGUCCGAGGCUGUCACGCCAUGUGCGAUCACAUACAGUGCCGAGGCAGCUGGGUAUCACUUAGAAUCGUUGGCAUCUGCGUCGAUGACCUACGACGAGGGCACAACAGCGGUGCCAUCGUCGGUGGCUCGUACAACUCGACAAAACACCGUCUCCGACAAGCUAGUGACGUUCGAGGUCGUGAACGGCAACACCGUCCACAUCAAAUCUGUCGUGUCCAGUAGCUUAUUCCAACGUUACGGCAGCAAGACAUGUGCCCUCGACGACGACGAGAUCCUGCUGGUCGGAGGCACCUCAAACGCCCGCCUGUUCAACCAGAGGACGAGCAUAGUCAAGUACAACCUCCACACGCAAGAGCUCGCAAGCGUGCCCAUCUCUGACGAAACAUGGGUCUCGAAGCCGUUGUGUCUAAUCGGCUUCGAAUUGCUACACAGCAAACAAGAACGCCGUGUGUACAUCUUGGGAGGAGGCACGACGUGUUACGGCUUCGGGUCGAUCACAAACGCAAACAUGGCCAUCGACUACUGA